AUGAUGCAAACAGUUCAUUACACGCCUUUAUCCCCGAGAGCAAUGGCCAUGGCACCAUUAAUAUGGCUGGGCAAAAUCAUCUUUAUCGUGGGCUUCGUAACCAAUACAUGGUACUCCUACUCCAGUACAAGUGACCACGGCCAUAUGGGCCUGUGGGUGUCAUGUAACGUCCUCUUCAACUGUAUAUAUUUCGAUCCUAUUAACAGUUGGUAUAUAGCAGUUCGUGCCUUGGAAUGUAUUGCUCUGAUAUUUUUGUCUGUUGGUUCUUUCCAAAGUCUGAUAUACCUCAGACGUAGAUUCAAAGAAAGGCUGAUCUUUGGUGCCAUUGCCAUAUUGAUUGGAGGUGUGGUGGGAAUAAUAGGUUGUAUUGUGUUCGCAGCCGAAGUCAUGAAAAAUGCAGACUUGUUAACAAUUACUGUAUCGCUAGGCUACUCCUUCUACUUGACGGUAUUUGGAUGUGUGCUUGCUCUUGCUGGUGCACCUUUACUGUUUUUGGAAUACAGAAGCUCUUUUCAAUAA